GGGGAACUUUGCCUCGAUGGCACCUUCCUGUCCGCGACUCCGCCCCCGCCGGAGGGGCUCGGCUCGGGAAUUCAAGAUGGAGUCGCUGAGUAGAGCUGGGCAGGAGAUGAGCUUAGCGGCCCUGAAGCAGCACGACCCCUACAUCACCAGCAUCGCAGACCUCACGGGCCAGGUCGCUCUGUACACCUUCUGCCCCAAGGCCAACCAGUGGGAGAAGACUGAUAUAGAAGGGACCUUAUUUGUAUAUCGAAGGUCAGCCUCACCUUACCAUGGUUUUACCAUUGUGAAUCGACUGAAUAUGCACAAUCUGGUUGAACCAGUGAAUAAAGAUUUGGAAUUUCAGCUCCACGAACCAUUUCUUCUAUAUAGAAAUGCAAGCUUGUCAAUAUACAGCAUCUGGUUUUACGACAAGAAUGACUGUCACCGCAUAGCCAAACUCAUGGCUGAUGUUGUAGAAGAGGAGACACGGCGGUCCCAGCAAGCGGCUCGGGACAAGCAGAGUCCCAGCCAGGCCAACGGCUGCAGUGACCACAGGCCCAUUGACAUCCUGGAGAUGCUAAGCAGAGCCAAGGAUGAAUAUGAGAGGAAUCAGAUGGGCGACUCCAAUAUCUCCAGCCCUGGGUUACAGCCAAGUACUCAGCUCUCCAAUCUGGGAAGCACCGAGACUCUAGAAGAGAUGCCAUCGGGGUCACAAGAUAAGUCUGCUCCAUCUGGACACAAACAUCUGACAGUGGAAGAAUUAUUUGGAACCUCUUUGCCAAAAGAACAGCCAGUUGCUGUGGGUCUGGAUUCAGAAGAAGUGGAGAAGCUGCCAGGAGAUGCCUCCCAGAAAGAGUCCAGCUCAUUCCUACCGUUUUCCUUCGAGCAGUCAGGCGGAGCCCCUCAGUCGGAAAACCUGGGUGUCCGUCCUGCCGCCCACCACUCGGUCCCACCUGAAGCCCCCGCCCCGGUGCUGAUCACCCCUGCCUCCAUCACACAGUCCGGUGACAAACAGGCCCCAGGCUAUGCCAUCCCAGUGCGCCCUGUGCUCAGUCCCACUCUACCAGCAGAAGCUCCUACGGCACAGGUUCCCCCCAGCUUACCCCGGAACACCACCAUGAUGCAGGCGGUGAAGACCACGCCGAGACAGAGGUCUCCACUCCUGAGCCAGCCAGUCCCUGAGCUGAGCCACGCCAAUCUGACUGCCACCCAGAGCCCCUUCAGGGCCCCCCUGAGCGUGACAAACACAGCUGGUACAUCCCUCCCAAGCGUGGAUCUUCUCCAGAAACUCAGGUUGACCCCACAGCAUGACCAAAUACAGACGCAGUCACUUGGGAAAGGGGCCGUGGCACCCAGCUUUUCCCCAGCAGCCGGCCAGCUGGCCACACCCGAGAGCUUCAUAGAGCCUCCCUCUAAGACCGCAGCAGCUCGAGCCUCAGCAUCCCUGAGCAACAUGGUGCUUGCUCCCCUUCAGUCUAUGCAGCAAAACCAGGAUCCUGAAGUCUUUGCCCAGCCUAAGGUGUUACCCAGUGCCAUCCCGGUCGCAGGCCCCACACUGGUUGCUGCAACAACCAUGGCAGUGUCUUCAGUCCUGUUAUCCCCAAGUGUUUUCCAGCAGACAGUUACAAGGUCCGCAGACCUCGAGAGGAAAGCCAGCGCCCCUUCUCCACUGACUGUUGGAACAUCAGAAAAUCAGAGAAAGCCUUCCAUUAUUCUCAGCAAGUCUCAGCUCCAGGAUACAUUAAUACAUCUAAUAAAGAAUGAUUCCAGCUUCCUCAGUACACUUCACGAAGUCUACUUGCAGGUUCUGACCAAGAACAAAGACAACCACAACUUAUGACUGGAGCAGAAUAAAUCCGAAGGCAGAAUGUCGACCUCAGAAACAAAUAGGCCUCAUCAUGGAAACUUCUAAACAGAACAUUGGGUUUUGAGAAUCCUGAAAUUGAGCCUAUGAGAAAGAGACUCAUUCCUUAAGAAUGUUUUCCAAGUGACGUUCUCAGUGAUAAUGGAGGUUUCACUGUGAAGCAUCACCAGCAGACCUUUGUUUUGACAA